AUGUCAAUGCCAGAAGGGCCCUCGCUCACACCUCCUCACAUCCCCCCACCGACACUCAAACGACCCCGUCAGAGCAAUGGUGCAGCCGUCAAUGGUCUGGGAAGACAUAAACGUCGGAAACCGGAAGAUAGCGUCGGUCCUGACAGUGGGACUGAUAAGAAAGGUGCGAUCAACUUUGGAGUAGGAAUGGUCAAAGGUCGUGAAGAUGAAUUUGGCGAGUCUCAAGAGGUGGUCACUAGAGUUGAUUUCAAUGACUUGCCGGAUGAUUGUCUUUAUAGGUAUUUGGAGGUAUAUGAUUUAGUACCCAGAUGGGACGUGUCUCCUUGGUCUGAAAAACCUUGCACGCCUCCAAACGCAUUGUAUACCCUCACCCCUGCUCCAGCGGCGAUACCUAUCAACCCUUCACCUCCAAAACCCUCUCCGGUCAACACCCCCACUGUCCCCAGCACCAUUCUCCCGGACGUACAAGCUGAUCUAUCCAUGUCAGUCGACUUGCCACCUACCUCCGGUUUAACCGAUGCAGUGGAGGAUGUGCCAAACUCCGUUGUGGCCGACGCGAUCGAACCUGAGCCAGAACCUGAUCUUCCUGCUCCUCCUACCACACGUUCGAAAACUCUUCCAUCACGUAGACCACCUACACCUUCCCCCGAACCACAAGUAGUGAAGCGAGGCGUAAUGACUCUUAGCGAUGUGCAUGCCGCAAGAGGGGCAUUGGCAGAGAGAGCCAACGCUCAUUGGGCUAAAGGAUUAGGAGGAGGGCAGAAUAAAGAGGGGGAGACUAUCGUGAAUUUCUUAUAUAAGAAUAGAGUAGGGCACGGUCGAUUGUUGAGGGUUUAUAACCCUAUGAGAGAAGGCUUAUGA